AUGGGGCCCCGUGAUUCGCCGCCGUCGGAGCUGGGUGGAUCCGGCAAUGGAGCUAGAGCUGAUGUUGCUAGGAAGGCCAAGGAGGUGGAACGUAUGUUGGCAAAGUUAGAAGAAGCGGGAGUGGAGAUAGAUGACAAGAUAGCUAGUAUUAUUGAUGAUGAGGUAGCUAGAAUUAGAGCUGAAGCUGAGAGGGAGAAAAACAUCGAUGCACUAAAAGACAACGGCUUGCUGGUACUGUACACUAUUACAACUGUUGCUGUUGGUUUCUUGCUGGGAGCAGACUUUGUUGCAAAGUCCCUCCCUGCGCAACUGGCCAAGAUUAUCCUUUUUGGUGGAAAAUAGCGUAGGGCUUGCAGGGUUCACUCUGCUUAUAUGGUAUUUAAAACCAAGUAGGUAGUCUUGGUACCUAGCUAUGGUAUGCAAAACCUGUUUAUGUUGUGUGAUAAUUGUCAUGCUAUACUGGGGCUGUUGGCAUAUAAUAAUGUAACUAGUGUUAACACCAUGUAGCUGCAUGGAACAGGUGCUCUGUUAAGUGUUAAGUACUGCAAGUUAAUUAUUGUUUGGUAAUUGAAUCUGGCAUGCGCGUUCAUGUUAUGAUACUUAAUCAAAUGGUGGUUUAGUA